GCAGCUUAUAGAAUGUUCUUAGCAGUGAAGGGAAUAGAGAAAGAGGAGCCGAUCACCGUAUAGACUUUGGUAAUAGAGAGAUCAAAUCACUGGCACAAGGACUGAUUGAAAACAUGGCUGACACAACCUACUCAACCUCAGUGGUUUCAGUAGUUGAGUAUUUUAAAGAAAACCCACUCCCUCAUCAAGGAGCCCCAAUGCUCUACCAAGCUUACAACGAGUUAGAUCGCUCCAGACUCCCAGAUGUGAUAGAGAGUAUUACUGGUCCUGAUGACAUGGUGUGUGAGGGAGUGGUGCGCAGUGCGCGCGUUAACACUCACAUUACAAAGGAGCAGGAACACAAUGCAGACGUUAUGUUAGGACUUGUUUACAUGAUGGUAGGUGGUGUUGAUGAAGCACAUGACCUAGUUCUGCCCUACUCUUGGCCUUGUGAUACUAUAUAUGGUGGACCUGCAGUCCUGGAUUCCCCGGCUCUGAGUAACGCAACACACUGCCAUGCACUAGUUCAUCGUAUGGAGGGGGAGCAUCCAGGAGAGGGAGGGAUGAUGGGGUAUGACAAUGCUCACUUCUGGUUUGGGAGAGUUCCUUCAGAACACGUUCUUUAUAAUAAUCUCUCUGAGACUUGUCUGAGUCUUGAAAUACAGCACAACUUUAGCGGUGAAGAUAAGAAGUUCUGUGAUAAGAUAAGAGCAGUGAAGGGAAUAGAGAAAGAGGAGCCGAUCACCGUAUAGACUUUGGUAAUAGAGAUAUCCAAUCACUGGUACAAGGACUGAUUGAAAACAUGGCUAACACAACCUACUCAACCUCAGUGGUUUCAGUAGUUGAGUAUUUUAAAGAACACCCUCUCCCUCAUCAAGGAGCCCCAAUGCUCUACCAAGCUUACAACGAGUUAGAUCGCUCCAGACUCCCAGAUGUGAUAGAGAGUAUUACUGGUCCUGAUGACAUGGUGUGUGAGGGAGUGGUGCGCAGUGCGCGCGUUAACACUCACAUUACAAAGGAGCAGGAACACAAUGCUGAUGUUAUGUUAGGACUUGUUUACAUGAUGGUAGGUGGUGUUGAUGAAGCACAUGACCUAGUUCUGCCCUAUUCUCUACCAGAGGAUUCUGAGUGGGGUGGUCCUGCUGUUCUCGACUCACUUGCUCUGGGUAACGCUACAUAUUCUCACGCUCUGGUGCACCGGAUGGAGGGUAAGUAUGUGGGGGAGCUAGGGAUGAUUGGGUGGGAUAAUGCUAGGUCCUGGUUCAGUGAGACACCUCCUGAUCAUGUGCUGUUUAACAAGGUUUCUAAAGCUGCUGAAAAUAUUGGGGCGAGGAAAGUCUCUGAAGAGGCGGAUAAAUGUUUGUUGGACGAUAUCAAGGGUAGAAAGCCGUGGAGUUGGAAAUCUUUGACUGAUUUGUUUUCUAGAUCAGCUCAGUCUAAAGCACUGUCCCUAUUUUGUGAUGAGCUGCAUAAUUUGGAGAUAAGCAUGAUUUUACAGCACUGUAACGGGGUUGUUAAUAAGUCAAGAUAGCUAGCGUAUAUGCUUGUAAAAUAGGCAACUUCAUUAAAACGUUAAAAAGCUUCAAAUGUAUUGCAUUUGAAAAUAUUCUUUACUGUUUUAAGUUAAAAUGAAAGAUUAUUAACUCCAGGUAUUUUAUAAUAUUGAAUGUUGAUAUGAUUGUCUUUGUUGAAUAUUUGAAAAUUUUCUCCUACAACAUUAAACUAAUGAAUUG